GAAUUCGAUUUCGUCAGCUGAGCCAAAAUCCCAUAGCAGUAGAAGGAAGGAGAAGAAUCCCUGAUUGUGAGCCUGCCAUGGCGUCCGGCAAGCGAUGCCAUUACGAGGUCCUCGGCCUCCACAUCGACUGCACCGCCGACGAGAUUCGAUCGGCGUACCGGAAGCUAGCCCUCCAACGCCACCCCGAUAAGCUCGUCCAGUCCGGUUUGUCACAAUCUGAUGCCACCGCUCAGUUUCAAGAGCUUCAGCACGCGUACGAGGUCCUCUCCGAUCCUAAAGAACGCGCCUGGUACGACUCUCAUCGUUCCCAAAUCCUCUUUUCUGAUGCCGGAUCGGUUAAUUCCAACUCUGUUGUUCCGAAUCUAUUUCCAUUCUUCUCCAAUACCGUUUAUUCUGGCUAUUCGGAUUCUGGACGAGGGUUCUAUAAGAUUUAUUCCGACAUUUUUGACAAAAUUUACGGGAAUGAGAUUAACUUCGCUAAGAAAUUAGGAUUGCGCUUGGAUACCGUUCGCAAUGCUCCGGUCAUGGGGAAUUUGGAUGCUCCGUACACGCAGGUGACUGCGUUUUAUAAUUACUGGCUUGGAUUUUGCACGGUUAUGGAUUUUUGCUGGGUUGAUCAGUACGAUGUCAUGGCCGGUCCGAACCGGAAAUCAAGGAGGCUAAUGGAGGAGGAUAACAAGAAGCUGAGGAAGAAGGCAAAGAGGGAGUACAAUGAGACAGUAAGAGGUUUGGCCGAGUUUGUGAAGAAGAGGGAUAAGAGAGUGACUGAUAUGGCUAUGAAAAGGAACAUAGAAAUGGAGAAGAAGAAGGAAGAGGUGAGGGAAAGGAAAAAGAAGCUAGAGAGGGAGAAGAUGGAGAAGCUUAAGGCAUUCGAAGAACCGGAUUGGGCAAAAGUUGAGGAAAUUGAGGAGGAUCCGGAAGAUGAAUCUGAGGAAGAGAAGAGAGCGAAAGAGCUGUACUGUGUUUUGUGUGGGAAAAAGUUCAAGAGUGAAAAGCAGUGGAAGAAUCACGAACAGUCAAAAAAACACAAGGAGAAGGUUGCAGAGUUCAAGGAAUCCCUUGACGACGAGGAAGAAUCUGAAGAAUUUGUUGAUGAAGAACAAGAUGAAAAAGAACCGACACUGCAGGAUGAUGGGAUAGAUAAACUAGGGGAGCAGUUCAAGGAAAGUUUUGACAUUGAAGCAGAAGAAGCUGAAAGCGGGGAAGAACUUAGUGGGAGUGAAUAUUAUGAUGUUCGUGAUGUUGAUCAAUCAGAUAUCGUUGCUGAGGAACUUGGAUCCAAUGAUGACGACGACGAAACAGAUAUUCUUGAAGCAAUGGCAGCUGGGCUGCGGAAUAGGAAAAAUGCAGCUUCAUUGAAUCAGCCUAAAGCUUCCUCAGAUAAAGCUCAUUUUGAAAAUGAGAACGAUGAGCCUAAUCCAUCGGAGUUCGAAAAUGUUAGGAGGGGAGGAAACAAUCGUCGAGCCAAAAAGAAGGGCAAGGGAAAUGAUGAAACUAGGAAUGAAACCGAACCCAAUUCUCAAAAUGACAAAAACUACGGAGACAAUACAUCAUAUCAGCAGGAUUCCCCUUCCAAUUCGUUGGCUAAAGAACAAAGGAAUUCAACUCAACCAGCUGAUCGGAAAGCAGUCGCACAGAAGGACACAAAGACCAACACUAGGCACGCAUCUAAAGGGAAGAAAUCCAAGGCAACAUCUAAGGAUUCUGGCACUUCAUGCGAAACAUGUGGGGAGCAGUUUGAAUCAAGGAAUAAACUGCAUAAGCAUUUGGGAGCCACAGGGCAUGCUGCGUUAAAAUAUCGAUGACAGAAGUUCGCAUCAACAUCCAUUUUUGACAGUUCACAGGAUUUUCAAUCAAGUUCCAUACCACAUUCAAUGAGAGUUUCAAUUUUUAGCGACGACACAAAUUGCAGAGCGACAGCACGACUUGUAUGAUGUGAUUCCAUGGCCGACCAAAGUACCUAAUGAGAAGUAAGGAAUAUAAUAGUAUAUACAUAUUCGUUGUCUAUCCAGAAAGAUGUUUGGAAACGAUGUGAUUCUUUACAUUUCAUCGUUCUACUGUAAACUGCAAGAAUCCAAUGGUUUAAACCUUGAGCUUUAUUUAAUAAAAUCUAAUACGAUUCGAGUUGCUCUUA